GCUAGGUUGGCCCAUCCUGACUGUCGCACUAUUAUAUCUGUUGGCGUUCAAUGGCUGGGGUGUGCUGCAGUCCCGGUGUGCUGUUUUCCGGGGUCUCCCUCCAGCUGUGCCUAUUGCCUGCACCAGCAUGCCGUCCAAUGAGAAACGCGAAAAGCAUGUUUAGGGUCCCGAGCCUCUGGGCCAUCCUUUCGCUGCGUGCCACCGGCGGCCGCAAGUUGCGGCGCAGGGCCGAGCCGUCAGGCCGAACGCGCAUGGAUCAAGGGUUGGAGUCCGUUGGUCAGGUCAAGGCCGAUGCGAUGCUGCAGUCGUCUGCUGCGCCGCGCUUGUUAGUCGACGAGAGCCGGAAGCAGAAGUGCUCGCCGCAGAGAAUCCCAUGGGGUUAUGAUCGCAAAACACAAUUCUACUCAGAGUCGAGGACACCUCGCAUUUCGGUUUAAAGUGCUGACAGCCCGGGGAAAGUCAUGACUCGUGCCACAUAUUGCUAGCACCAACGCACCGGCAGGAUGGGUCAGCCAAGCUAGCUUCAAACGUUGAGAGCAAC